CCAGAAAACUUAGGCAGCAUGAGAUCUUUGAAAGAGCUUCUAGUUGAUGAGACUGCAAUAGAAAGCCUACCGGAAUCUAUCUUCCACCUGACCGAACUCGAGAAGCUUAUCUUAAACCGUUGCAGCCAAUUAAAGAGACUACCCCAUUGCAUAGGAAAGCUCUGUUCUCUGAAAGAACUCUCUCUUAAUGCAUCUGGAUUAGAAGAAUUGCCAGACUCCAUUGGAUCUCUGGAAAACCUUCAGAAGCUAAGUGUCAUGUGGUGUGCCUCAUUGUCUGUACUUCCUGAUUCCAUUGGCAAUCUCAAGUUGUUGACAGAGUUUUCUGUUUUGGCAAGUCCAAUAAAAGAACUCCCUCUUUGUAUCGGUUUCUUACCGAAUUUGAAGGAUUUAUCGCUGGGGAAAGGCAAAUUCCCCACAGAAUUGCCUCCUUCAAUGGGAAGAUUAGAUUCUCUUGUGAUGCUUCAGAUAGAUGAGACAUCAAUCACUGAUCUGCCUGAUCAGAUUGGAGAACUGAAAUCACUGAAGAAGCUUCAGAUGUGGAAAUGUGGAUCUCUUAGAUCGUUGCCCGAGUCAAUUGGCAGCUUAGUGUCUCUUACUACUUUGGUAAUUCAUGAAGCUAAAAUCAAGGAGCUUCCAGAAUCAUUUGGUAUGUUAGAGAACCUAAUAGUGCUGAGACUCAACUUUUGUAGAGAGCUACAUAAGCUUCCAGCUUCAAUAGGAAAAUUAAAGUCCUUGCACCGCCUGCUGAUGGCGGAUACUGCAGUGACAGAAUUACCCGAAAGCUUUGGUAUGCUCUCAAGUUUAAUGGUAUUGAACAUUUCGAAGAAUCCUCAAGUGCUAGAUAGCAAUGAAACUAGAACACCUGUGGUUCACAGUUCACAAAAAUGUUCUUUUUUUCCGACUUCUUUCUCGAAUCUAUCCUCACUGAGUGAAUUGGAUGCUCGCACCAGGGGAAUAUCUGGUAAAAUUCCUGAUGAUUUUGAGAAGUUGGCAUCUCUAGAGCUUCUAAAACUUGGCAACAACAAUUUCUGCAGCCUCCCAUCCAGCUUAAGGGGCAUGUCAAUUCUUAAAGAACUUCUUCUGCCUCAUUGUAGAGAGCUAAAGUCCCUUCCUCCACUUCCCUCGAGUUUG